AUGGACAAACCUUUCACCCGCGACUACGAGCCCGUCUCGGGGGUAGAUGCUGACGGCGACAGCGACACCACAGUCACGAACCGACCCCCUCGUCAGGGAAUCCAGCAAUUCCUCAAGAGGAACCUAGCAGCAAUCACCAUCACCGGCCUCCUCACAGUGGUGAUGCUCCUAGUCCUCGCCGUGAUCGCAGCCCUCACCGUGGAACCCUUCCGCCAAGUCCUAGUCAUGAAAGACUCAUCAUCUUCAUCGCUGGCCUAUCCCGCGUCAAUGAAGGGCCAGCGACAGUGUCUACCACCCGCUCCACGCGUAAGGUACUCAUGCGGGAACUCGACCGAAGAGGCCAGAAAGCUCGGGUGCGCCUACGACCCUCUUGCCGGCUGCUGGCUGCACAAACAAUGCCCGAAUGACUACACGCACGAAUUCGCGCAUUUCAACAACGGCAAGCCGUUCGUCUAUUACUAUGAUGAGGCGGCUACGCGUCAGAUGAAGGAUUAUACUGAAGUCGGCGAUAACCCUGGCCAUUAUUGGACUGCUACCCGUGAGCACUUGGUUCAUUGUCUGUAUCUUUUGCGGAGAGGUCAUGAUGUUCAUAUGCGUGGUGAUCGUCUGGAUAAUAUGCUUGGGGAUCUGGAGCAUGUUGAUCAUUGUACCAAUAUGCUCGCUGACUGGCUAAGGAGACCGGAUCCAGCUUUGGAUGCUCUGGGCACUCAGGGGUUCACUCAUUGUUUCAUGAAUUGUGCUUGA